CUUUUUUCUUUUUGGUUACUAAACUUAAAUAUAAAAAGGGCUCAACUUUUCAACUUUAUUUUCUUUGAUAAUCAUACAAUUACAAUGCAAUUGCUUAAAGUUAUUUCCCUUACUCUUCUCGGUGUAUCCUUUGCUUCUGCUCAAAAUAGCAGUGCUCCUUUGGGUGAUAAUUCCAAGACUCUUACUCAACUCUUGACUACUCCCAACAAUAAUUUUGGUGUCGACAAGUUUGUUGCUCUUCUUACUUCUGAUCCUGGCUAUGCUCCCAUUAUCCAAUUAUUGAACUCUACUGACAACAACUUCACGGCCUUUAUCCCUAAUGAUAGAGCCAUUACUCGCUUGAGUUCCAUGUACAAGUCUUAUGCCAGAAAGCAAAAUAUGACUGUUCAUGGUGAUUACCCUCCUGCCAAUUUCUCCAUCAGCAACAUCACUGCUGCUGAUAUUGUCACUUAUCACGUUGCCAAUGGUUCUUAUCAACUCUCCAACUUUACUUGGAAUGCCAAUGCUAUCCCUUCCUUAUUGAAUAACUCUGAACUUGAUCCUCUUGGUAAUGGUCUUCCUCUUUUGGUUACUAGCAAUGUCACUGCUGAAAGAAUUGCCAACAGUUCCUGGUUUAACUACAACCGUCAAUAUCUCAAGUAUCAAGUCGGUAAUGGUUUGAAAGGUGCCAAUGUCAGAGUCAAGGAUGUUGGCGCCUCUAAUGGUUGGGCCAAUGUGAUUGACUCAGUUUUGAUGCCACCUGGUAAACCAUCUACUGUCUUGUCCAAUGACAGUGACACCAAAAUUCUUUUCAACCUUGUCAAGCAACAUCCUGAUCUUGUCAACACUUUAAACAAUGGAAGUAACUUUACUUUGCUUGCUCCAAACAAUAAUGCUUUAAGAGGUGUUGAUUUCAAAUCUCUUAGCAAUGACACUAUCAAGAGCAUUAUUCUCACUCAUGUCAUCCCUGGUAUCUAUUAUUCUUCCAACAUCAGUUUAGCUGCCGCUCAAAACAAUGGUAAUAUCUCUGUGUCUACUUUGAACAACUACACUUUGCCUAUCUCUGUCAACGGAUCAAGAAUCCUUAUUAAUGACACUGCUCGCGUUGUUGACCCCAAUGUCCUCUUUAACAAUGGUGUCAUGCAUGUUAUUAACAAGCUUCUUAUGCCACCUUCUGCUUAAAAUUUGGAUACAAUACAACUUUUUUUCUUUCUACUCUUACUUAAUAAAAACCAAUAAUGUCCAUGAUAUAAAAA